AUGGGUCUCAGGGUGCUGCGGGCUCUCGUCCGGCCCCUGGCGAUCACUAGGCGGCUUUCGCAGAUGCCGUCCCUUCCUCUGCCGCAGGGAAGCAGGAGCGGCCUGAUCUUGAAGGAGACGGCGGUCUGCCGGCCGGCCCCCUUCCAUUUUCCGUGGGCGGCGUCGGGUGUCGUCGCGGGAUCCGGUUUCCACAGCCUGACCGACACUCGUUUCCCCAAAAGGAGACCGGGUUUUGCGCCCCGCAGGAAAAGGGCCAGCCUCAGACCUCCAGGUGAUCGCCCUUUCUCGUCACUCAUACAUUAUCUCUUCCUCUCCGUCCCUCACUCUCUGAGACGUGAUAACCAAUGCCUGGGUUUUCUCACUUUGUCGCCCUGUACUGGUUCAUUCAAACUCUCCAAGUCGAUGAAAUUAGUGCAAAUGUGGACGAGAUUGUCGACGAUAUCUCUGUGUACUAGAAAUCUCUAGGUAGCAAAAUUUUUCUGCGCGCGCGCUGGUGUGUAUCCCCAUCCUAUAUGCUUUGGAGGUAUGGAUUGGGAUUGGGGCCGGAUAACUGUUUGCAUAAGCCGCAGAUCACCAUGGGUUGGAUUUUCACCUUGCCUUACAUCUCAUAAGAGCUCAACUGAAUUUUUAGGAGAAGGUUGUGUCCAUUGUAUGAGGGCUUUACAUGCUUGACGGAUCAUUCUUUGAAGAUUGUCAUCAGUUUCUCUGGGAGAGACGCAGCAAAAUCAGAGUUGGAGAAUUCUUUCAAGUUCCGAGGACUAAGAGUACCCGGAAUGUUUAACAAACCCUAGAAGUCCCAGUUUCAAAGAUAAGGUAUGGGAAUAUGCUUCUUCAACUCCAGGAAAAAGUCAGCGCCAUUAUCUUGAGACUCAAUAAAUCAAGUUAUCAUGGGCCUUUCCCUGAGGUCAAUUACAGCCUGCCAUUUUCUUGAAACGGUUUACUGGAUAAAAUGUUCUGCUGCCAAAGUGCAGUCCCCUGAGUUUGUGCUUCUCCUUCGUGGGCAAUUUUUUACUUUCCAGCUUUUAACGUAAGCAGCCUGGCUCUUGGUCAUCGAUGAUUUUCGAUAUACCAAAAACUGAUUAGAGCAAUCAAGCUUCUUCUUUUUUCUUUUCCAUUUGGAGAAGACAUAUAAUUAGUUACCUCUCAUUAAUAGAAAAAGGAUCUUAUAAGACCAGACUAGUCACCCUCUAGCAGGAGUUGGAUGUUUGGUACUUGAUGUUUGUAGGUUGGAUUUAACUGAAGUUUUUGGAUUUAUGUGUGUAUCGCCUGUUCAACGUGCUCAAAUCAGGAUCGCUACAAGUGUAACCUAUUGGUAAAUUUUUGCUAGAAAUAGGUACAAAAUGCUAGCAUCGGAUUCCAAAGUAUUCAGCCACUUGACCAUAGAACAUGGUCAAACGCUAGUUCUCUUGUACCACUAAUAUCUGCCCGUUGCAUUACUAGAUCGUAUUCCUGAUGUCCUCCUAAUCUUGCCUGUGUGAUGACUUUCAAAAUUUGAGGGGCAACAUGUUUUGGUUGCUUACCCCUUGAGGUGCUUGGUGUGGUGUACGAUUAAUAACGAUAAUAUUGGACAAAUGGGAUGGUAUGUCGAUUAUUUUUAUUGUUCAUAUAAAGUUUAGUUUUGAAAAAAAUCACAUCGGAGCCAUUUCAAGGAUGCCUAAAUCAGCUGGUGAUCCCACAGCUCCGGGGCUUCUUUGCUCACAUGGAAGCCGCAACGGGUGAUACCUCUGUAUAAAAUUAUUCUGUGCGUCUUGCAGAUUAGAAGGGCGAAGAGGUUCCUUUCACCAAGUUUCGUUCAUUGGCAAAAACUCUAUGCUGGUCCGAAUACUUUGACUUCUCCCGUUUAAGCAUGCCUGUUCGAAUGGUGUAGGCCCCUAUGCCUGGGUGCAGCACGCCCCUGGAGAGCCAACACCAAGCAGCCAACCUAACAGAGGUAGUAUAAAGGCUAGAGGAAGGAAGGCGAAGAAGCGGAUCAAACAGGUCAAGGCAUUUAUACUGGUGAGUAUCCUUGGGUGAUGUGGUUGCUUUUUGUCCUAAGAAAAUCAGUGCGGCCGCCCACUGUUGCAUUGAUGAGCUUCAUCUUCAAAUUUCUUGUUCAUCCCGUUUGACAUAGCUUUGCCAUGCUUUCUUUGGUCACUUGAGAACCCGAUAAUUUUUCUUGCCCAGCCGUGCCUUUGCAAUCCGUGGUUGCUUCGGUCUUCGACUUGUUUUUCAAUUACUGCCGCCGUGGUAAAUACUUUAUUAUGAGGAAGAACGCAAUCCAUUCAUGAUGAUUUGGAUGCCAUGCUGAAGUGGAGACAUGGCGAAGAAGAUGGUGAUAGGUGGAAAGAAAGUCGUCUUUACUAAGCUGUGAGAAAUAGCGAGGACUCCUGGUGGGCAUCCAGUAGGCCUCUCUCUUCUCAUGGAGAACCCACCGCUGCUCCCCAUUCGUCUCUCUAGGGUUUGGUGCUUGGUGUCGGAAGUUUGUUUUAUUCUCGUUGUUGGUUCCCAUGCUCGCUUCCUCUUCCCCUUGUUGAAGCUUUGGUUGAAACCGAUCAUAGACAUGUUUUGACAUUCAUGUCAACAGUCGGAGAAGAAGAAGCGCCAGGCUCAAUACACGGAGUCCAGAAAGAAGAAGAACAUGGAAAAGAUAGAGAGGAAGAUGGCUGCAGUUGCCAGGGAGAAGGCGUGGGCUCAGAGACUGGUUGAACUCCAGCAGCUGGAGGCCGCGAAGAGGUCGGCCAUGGCAUCGUGA